AUGAUAGUCGCUAGCGACAAGAGUGCGCCGUCCACAAUAAAUUGGCUGGAAGAAACUUGUGCAUCUAAAAGCAUUUACUACUCUUUUGAACACGCGGGUUCUGUUGAUAUAUCAUCGGUAGAAGAGCGCUUCACUUACGCGCAGGCUCACAUCUCAGGGGAUUUCGCAUCGUUUAAUUUUUUCCCGCCGAACUGGUAA